AUGUUCCUGGUGACGGUGAUGGUGACGGCCCGGGGCGGGGACCCUUGUGCUCUACUCCUGGACAGACCAGCAGCCACCCUCGCCAUCAACACACUCCUGCCACUAGAGUCCCCCUAUACCCACACCUGCAUCACCUAUACGGCCGUUAAUGAAGCCUUCCUCACCGCCUCUGAGAAGACAGCCAUUGUGAGCCGCCCUAAGGGAGCCUGGAAGCCUGAGGACAUAGCACCCUUGGGGGAGGUCCUCCUUCACACCACCAGGAUCCUUGCUCAAAGGUUCAGGCUGAGUCAGCAGGAAGUGUGGUCGGCGCUGCCCCAGCUGGACACUCGUAAGACGAUUAUCGCCAAACAUUGCCCGGACUUCGCUUCCUCCUUACGCUGUAUCCCUAGCAAGUACCGCCGCCACGAUGGUCUCUGCAACAACCUUUAUGUGCCCACCUUCGCCUCCACCAGAAGUGUUUUCUCCAGAUUGGUGCCGCCAGCGUACAGUGAUGGAGUGGGUGACCCGCGGGUCAGUGUUGUGCGUGGAGAACACCUUCCCUCGCCUCGGGCUGUCUCGGCUACCGUCCACCGCGACAAGGGCUUUCAUGAUCACGCCAUCACACUCUACGUGGUGGCGUGGGGCCAGUUCAUGGACCACGACUUUACCCUCACCGCCACGCCCCUCGAUCCAAUGACCAGGAAUGAGCCAGGGGGAUGCUGUCAGCCGUCUACUGCCAACCAGACCAACCCCUUAUGCCUACCCAUACACCUGCCUCCUAAUGAUCCCUUCUACUCCACCUUCGGCCAGAGCUGCAUGGACUUCGUCAGAGCGUUUUCUGGCGUCCGUAUGGAUUGUAGGCUAGGUGUUCGCGCCCCCUUCAACGUCCAGGCCGGGGUCAUUGACGCUAAUACUGUAUAUGGAAGUGACCCUGUACUUGCCAGGAAGCUGCGGUUACUACGUGGAGGACUGAUGAAGAUGAACAAUACCCUCUCGUCGCUGGGAUUAAAGGAACUUCUACCCCUAAAGCUGGACUGGCCUGAUGAGGGCUGCCUGAGGUCCUUCCCCAACCAGUAUUGCUUCGAGGCAGGAGACAUCCGGGUGAACGAGCAGCUGAUCCUGACCACCAUGCACACACUAUGGUUCCGGGAACACAACCGCCUCGCUAAAUCUCUCUCACGCCUCAACCCCCACUGGAAUGAUGAGACUCUCUACCAGGAGACACGGCGUAUCGUGGUGGCGCAGAUUCAACACAUUACUUUUAAAGAGUUUCUUCCCCUCCUGUUGGGUGAGGACGUCAUGAAGCAAUAUGAUCUCAUCCUUCGUAGGACUGGCUACUGGGAUGGCUACAAUCCCUCCACAGAUCCCUCAAUGACUGUCGCCUUUAUCAGCGCUGCCUUCAGGUUCGGACACUCCCUUCUCCCAAGUGCUGUGGAGAGGUGGAGCGCCUCGCACAAGUUCAUAGCGUCAACACGACUGAGUCGACUGAUUCGACAGCCAUGGGACCUCUUCAGAGCGGGUGUGUUGGAUCAGUACUAUGUGGGUCUGAUGAACCAGCCCGCCCAGGCUGUGGAUGAUGCUGUGACCCAAGAAGUGACGAACCAUCUGUUUGAGCCUCCUGAGAAGAAUUUCGGCAUAGACUUGGUCUCACUUAACCUGCAACGAGGCAGAGAGAUGGGCCUCCCAGGCUACACCACCUACAGGCGAUAUUGUGGGCUGCCGGCCAUAUACACCUUUGAUCAGCUGGGACUGUACAUGUCCAAUUUCACGGCACAAAGAUACAAGAAGCUAUACAGCCAUGUUGAUGAUAUCGACCUGUGGAGUGCAGGGGUGUCGGAGAGGCCAUUGGCAGGGUCACUGCUGGGGCCGACCUUUACCUGCAUCGUGGCCACCCAGAUGCAACGACUUAAAUAUGGUGACAGAUACUGGUAUGAACUGCCAGGCCAGCCAUCUUCCCUCACCUUGCGUCAGCUGGAGUCAAUCAGGAGUACAAGUCUGGCACGAGUGUUGUGUGAGAACAGUGACAAUCUGUUAACUCUCCAGCGCUACCCCAUGGUGCUCGUAGACUACAAGUUAAACCCGCGAGUGUCAUGUAAGGGCGGCUUCCUUCCUCACCUUGAUCUAACACCCUGGCAGGAGACAGCCCCUGGUCCAUCAUUUCCAGCUGCUGAUUAAGACUCCACCUCUCAUCAGGCCGAGUCUCUAGUAGUAGCUCUUUUUAUUUGUACACAUUCGGCUAAAUUAUAACAAGUCUGAAUGAUAUAUUCGUUGAACACUUAAAGAUAACACAGUAUCUUGAAAUGUAUAAGUAUUUUGUGUAGUUCCUUGUUUAUUUAGGAAUGGCAGACUGUAAUGUAGCAAUCUGUCAUAUGUGAUAUUUUUUAAUGCUCACAAAAAUUACUUCACAACAUGGAGACCCACAAGCAACUGUCCUAUUUGAAAUAUCACAUAAACUAACAUUUGAAUUAGCUUCUAUACUAAUUAUUAAAAUAAAGUCGGUAAAAAAUAACCAAUAUCUUAUACCAGUAAGAAUUAAAAUGUUUGCAACAUUAUACAAAAUGAUUUCAGUGUGUAUACAUGUGUGGAAGACCUCAACACUCACUGUCCUCCACAACACCUAACACCUUUUGUUGUCUACAGCUGAUGAUACAAAACCUUUUGUUGUCUACAGCAUGAUUACCUAUGUAACAAAAAUACUUUAUUGAAAGGGCAGUGUUGAAGUUUCUUGUGACCACAAGAAACAAACAUAUUUAACCUGACCUGACCUAACCUACCCAAACUUCACUUGUAUGAUUUUGCUUAUUAUACUAAUUGUGCCAUUGCAAAGUCAUUUAAUUUUUUUAUUUAUAUAAUAAACACUACUGAGUUAGCUUAUUCCUAAGUGUAAAAUCAGAUUAAUGAUGUUAGAAGUUGUGACAGUAUGAAUGUUAGGGCUGGUCCAAAGUUUUGGUACCCUUUUGUCUGUACAGAUACAUGUUCUGUAUUGACCAGUUUUGGAAAGAAAGACUACUUCAAUUAGCAGCGUCAUUUCCUAAUUUGCCUAUACUAAAUAUAUAUCCAUGUUAUAUUAACAUAAAUAAAUAAACCCUCGCACUUCCAGACAAUCAGGGGUGAUGGCGUCCGGAUGUCACAUGGACGGUUUUGAUUAUAACAAUAAUAGAGUAUUAUUAAUAAUGGUAUUGAAGAAUAAUACAGUAAUAACAAUAAUAAUCAUAUUAGUGCGUUACUCAAUAAAUGACAUGCAGUGAGUAGCUACAGGAGAUGUGAACAGUGUCCAUUAUAGCGGUGGGGGUAAACGUGGCAUACGGACUGAGAGAGAGAUCAGAUAUGAAUUUUCCACUUACAGAUGUCGUCCGGACCAACUGAAAUUUAGAUCUGAGGAGUCCAGAAGUGCGAGGGUGUACUGUAAGUGAUAUUCCCUUUAGCCAGAACAAUUGGUGCAGAACACUUCUGGGAAUGAGAGCUUCCAGAUUUCAGGAAUUUUUCUGGGUACUGGGAAAGGUUUCUUGUAAUUUUCCAGAAAAUUUUCAUUAUUUCAUCCUUGGAAUUCGCUCCCAAACCAGGAUAAAUAUUUGGAGAAAGUUUCUGGAAUUUAACAGAAAAUGCACCUAAUUUUCAGCCUCAGAAAAUCGGUUCCCAAACUGGAAUUGAGAGAAAUUUUGAAUUGAAUUGAAACAAUUGAAUUUGAAUUGAAUCCGGAAAAUUUUCAAGCUCAUUUCAAUUCCAGCAAUUGGAGAGGUCUGGCUAAUGGAGAUAUCACUUGUAUACCUUGUGAUCUCUUGAGUAAAUAAUAAAAAUAAGAUUUC